AAUGACACAAAAAAUGUGUUGUUACACAUUUUACACAUUUUGUGCAAAUAUCAACAUAAAAUGUGUAAAAAAGCGUAAAAAUAUCUUAACACAGUGCAUGUGUUGGACAAUUUAACACAAUUGAUGUGUUAUUUUCAGUCCAACAACAGCCUCACCAAAAACAAGUAUCUCAGUAACUGUGUUGGUCCUGUUUUUAAAUUAAAUUGUAGGCCUGUUUUUAUGUUACUCAAUUAAAUUGUAGGCCUAUAUCAACUAUAAAAGCCAAAUGACAUGUCCAGUUAUUGGUCUUUUUCUUACCCUCAUCAUAAUCUUCAUCAAAUCACCAAUAAUAUUUCAAGAUUUAUUGGGCCAACAUGCGUAUAGUUUACAAAAUUUGAAAAGAGGUGUAUCCUAAUGUAAUUAAACUGAUAUUUCUCAAUUGUGAGUAUGGUAUUAGUAUAGAAACUAGGCCUAUAUAAAUGAUGGGCAUUGAUAACCCCUAACCACACAAAACAUAGUUAUAAUUUAGACAUAAACUAGCAAAUAAAAUCCUAAAAGUAGAAAAUGAAAUAAAUGAAAAUACACAACAAUUAAAAUGCAGAUAAUGACAAAGCCACAACAUGAAUCUAAUCCUGCCCAGCAACGUGACGUAUUAGUGCAGCCGGAACAGAAAAAAAAAAAACUUUCUUCGCGCCACAGAGACAAAGACAAAGGAGACAACGAUGGAGGCUGCAUCGCCUGGUAUGUCGUCAGACACUUCGCUCACAUAUGACAACCUGGAAUCUAUCAAAGUCCUUGUUACCAGUUUUAAAGAUGAGAAAGAGACUUGUAAAAAAAUUCUCUAUGUUAACAGUGCCAUGGAUCUCGUAGAUCAAAGCCUCGCCCAGCAAACGGGCUGUGUGCUUGAUAGAUUAUUAAAGUAUAACACUGAUUUCAUGGAAUAUAUUGAUGUUGACACCAAUGUAGACGUAAAGGACUUUGAUAGAUUCCAUGUCUUCAUGUCAGCAAGAGGACCCCAGAUGGAAACCUGUCUUAGGGAGACUAAUCAAAAUCAGCCUACCACUAACAUGGAAGAACACAGUCAGCCCCUCCAGUCACUACUUCAGAAGAAAGCUCCACAGAUUCCUACAGAGUAUGAGACUACAGGUAUCCUGUCAGUGCCAUUGAGGAAGCUCCUUGUGAAGACGUGCAUAGGAGAUUUGGUUGAGAGGUGUGGUUUUUACCCUCUUAGUGCAGAGAAGUUGGCUGUAGCGAAAAGCAUCAUCACCACCUUCCAAUCCCUGAGUGUCAGGGUAGAAGGACAAGGGGAAGGAUUUGAGCAUUACUAUGAUCCAGUCUCUCACUGUGGAUUCCUAGAGACUAAACUACGCAACCUUAGACGCAAUCUUGAGCAAGGGCAGAGGCGUUACAGGAAGCGAAAAGUGACCAAUGACUGCACUGGACCCGAGAAGCCUGAUACAACAGAGGAUGGGCAUGCCAGCAGCACAAAUGAGUGGGCCACCUUGAUUAAACGGUUGCGGCCCUCAGCUGAGAACCUUUCAGCGAUCAAGUCAGGCAUGGAGAAAACAUACACAUGUCGCAGAUCCUGGAUUACUAAGGACUCCCCCACUGUUGCCGAAAUAUUCAACGAGUACCCACGGUUUUUGGACAUGCCAAGUCUGCUGGACUCAGAGUUUGGCAAACUUACAGGCGGAAAGACGGACCUCUUUUUACGAAGAUGGGAGGCCAACAUCAUUCCCAAACUCAAAUCAGUGGCUGCCUUGGAACCAAGAGUGUCCUCUCUGUUGAAGGGUAUUGAAGAGAAAACUGAAGAUGACACGUGCUACACUUUCCUAGUGUUGCUAACACACCUGCUGCCCCCGGUUGGUGCCAGUCGUUGCAGUCUGAGAUCUGCAAUAACCCACCUGGUUGAUUUUACACCACCUGGAACAAGUAUUGCAUCACUUUGCAAUGAUCCUGCAGCACCAUCCACAACUCACCAACCACAGCUGAUAUGCAUCGGUGAUCUGAAGUGGUACAACCGAGCGUAUGUCAUUGUUGCUAAGAAUGACAAAGUAACCAUUCCUCUGGAUGAUGGCCUGACGUGUUCUGUGGAUAAGCUUUUCAAACUGUACUGGGUGUGUAACUUGUCAUACCCAGCACCACUCAGCUCUGUCUUCACCUUCUUUGAGUAUGUCUACGACCUGCCAUUCUCUACACAAAGGAAAACCAAAGUACUGGAGCUGAUUUCACAGCUUAAAGCAUGCAAGUAA